AUGGAUCGUGCAGAGAAAGAAGCUCUGCGAGCGCAAGCCAGAGAAAUGCUAAACUCCCCUGACCUCACAGCCAUGGAGACACUCGUCUCUCACCUCAACUCUCAGGACGAUUCACAGAAAUCAACGGCGACGAAGCUCUUCAAAUUCUGCGCCGGAGAAUACCCUAAUAAUCAUAUGCUAAAACUCUCUCACCUCUUCCGAUCUUGCCCUCGAUUCGACACCCGAAUUCGCUCGGGUAAACUGUUCUAUUCGCUUCUCCUUCAUCCCUGGUACAGCUACCAUCUAAUCUCUCCAAUGAUCUUGACUGAAAUCAAAUUGGCCUUCAUUGAUUGUAUUCAUCAAGAAAAACCUGAACCCUUUUCCAAGAUCACGUGUCGGAUUGUCUCUGUACUCGCCAAAUUUAUAUUUGACGACAAUAAAGAUUGGCCAGAGCUUUCGGAUUAUGCCAUUGAGUACGUUGAAUCAGAUACAGAACAUAUUCAAGAAUUGACCAUCUUGGUAUUCGCUAAAAUGCCCGAGUCACUCGGUAAGAAGUCAUUAGCUCAUCUUAAUAGGCUUCACUCAACGUUUUUGCGCCGAUUGGAGUCCUUGAAUUCGCGUACUCGAUUGCAUGCCAUUUCUGCUUCAGCCAAUUUGGUUCGAGUAGUGCCGCAUACUUUGUACCGUCAGCUUGAGGACCUCUUGCCGGCAAUGAUGCAGGUGGUGUUUGAAUUUUUUAUCGAAGAUCAGGAGAUGCAUGCUCAAAAGGCUCUCGGCGAAUUGGUUGUGUUGGCAAUGCCAGCAGUGGAGUUUUUUGUGCCGCGGUUGGAUUAUGUUUUCAAAUCCAUGAUUCGGAUUGCAAAGAACGGGGCAUUCACAGAGCAGACAAGGUGUGUUGCAGUUAAAGUUCUUAGCGCCCUCAGUGAUGCGUGGGAAAUAGAGCUCAUAGAGAAGUUACCACAUGAUAUCAUACGAAGUCUGUUCCCAGUACUGAUGAGGAUGCUUACAGUAGUCCAAGAUGAUCCGGCAUGGCAUGAUGCGAACAAUGAAGAUGGCAUGAAUGCGGGGAAAUCGGAAUCUUAUGAUCUUGGAGUGUAUGUCUUGGAUCAACUUUCUGUUGCCUUGAAUGAGGAUAUUAUCAUGGCCAUUGCUUUAGAGCUGGUACCAGUAUACUUGGCUGCUCCAGAAUGGCAGAACCGUUUUGCUGGAAUCACUGCCCUUGCUCGGACUGCACAAGUAUUCUUAGAGGUAUAUAAUCUUGUAGGUUGGUUAAUUACUGAAAAUCUCAAUCAAGUUGUAACAAUGGCUUUGAACUUAUUCCAAGAUCCUCAUCCUCGCGUUCGUUGGGCAGCUGUUAAUGCAAUUACAUUGUUAACUAAAGCGUUCGGUCCAGAUUUGCAAGUUCAAUAUCAUCAAGUGAUUUUUCCUGCACUAGCUGCAGCAACUGGGGACUCUCAGAAUCCCCGUGUACAGGCACAUGCUGCAGUCACAAUGUUGUUAUUCUGCAAGAAAUGUACUCCAAAUAUCUUAACACCUUACUUGGCCGAAAUAGCGAGCAUACUGCCUGUCCUCCUGCAGAACGGGAAUCAAGUGUUGCAAGAAGAAGCUUGGGCCACUCUAGUAUCAGCUGCAAGUUCACAGGACCAAUUUCAAAUAGACUAUGACAAGAUAAUUCCUUUCCUGAAAGCUAUCUUGCUGAAUGCUACUGACACAUCAAAGAGGACUCUUCGUGCCAAAUCUAUGGAGUGCAUUAGCUCAAUUGCGAUGGUAGUUGGAAAGGACAAAUUUCAGGAGGAUGCUAGGGAGGUUAUAGAAAUUCUUAUAUCAUUACAAGGAUCUCUGAUUCAGAGAGAUCACUAUAUGCAAAUCAACAUUUUAAAAACCUUGUUCAGACUUUGCAAAUGCCUGGGAUCAGAAAUUUUCCCUUAUUCUGGAGUUCUAAUGCCUGCAUUGCUUCAGAUAUUUAAUCAAAGUGAGGGUAUUGAAGCAAUUAAUAUCCUAGAGGAGAAAGCUUUAUCUUGUGCGGUGCUGACCUACUGUGCUGCUCAGUUGAAGGAAAAAUUCUUUCCAUGGAUUGAUCAGGUCAUUGAUGCUAUGAUUCCACUUGUCAAUUUUCAUCAUACCAAAACUAGAUUGGCUGCUGUUUCUGCAAUGCCUGCACUGCUGCAUUCAGCUAAACUUGCUGUUGAGAAGAAACAAGCUCAAGGACACAAAAAUUCCUAUAUUCAGAAAUUGGUUCUUCAAGUAGUACCAGCUUUGGUGGAAGCUUUGAGCAAGGGGUCCCCAGAAACAUAUAAUUUAUGGUGCUAUCUCAUGGAAAGGCUAAAGUUAGUUGGCUACUAUAUGGAGGCCUCAAUUGAGGAGACUCAGACUGAGGCCUCUGGAUCUCUUUUUACUAAAUCUCAAGUCAAGUUGAUUGUAAACGAGAUAAAACGAGUGCUGACAGCAAGAACAGUGGACAACUUAGAUUGGGUGAAGGAUGAGGAAAAAGAAGAAAUCUUCAGUCAAUCUGGUGAUUGCUUGUGCAUGUUGAUCAAGAAAGUUAAGGAUAAGUUCUCACCUUUCUUUGAUGAACUUUUGUCAUAUAUAUCAGAGAUGUUGUUUGAAGCUUUAAAUGUUGAUGGCAUUAUUAUCCAGGCAUACAAUAUCAGCAAUAUAAAAUUUGGAAGUUACAAUCCCAUUAUGAUUAUCCUGAAGAGAGGUAAUGAUAAGUCAGCAAAACAGAAACAAACUGCAUUUUGUAUCUUCAACGAUGUUGUACAACAAAGCGAAGAAGCUGCUCUGAAAUAUGGUGAUUUUUAUCUCCCUUUCUUGUUGCAAGCUUGCAAGGAUGAGAACCCCAAUGUUCAACAGAAAUAUCUUCUGUCUCUCCCCCCAUCCCCCUCUCAUAUGCUUCAGGAAGCUGCACGUGGGAUUGGUGUUUGCGCAGAGUUUGGUGGAGCUAAAUUCAAUCCUUCUGCUGAAGAGGCUAUUUCGAGUCUAAAUGCGAUGAUAGGAGAUCCUGAUGCAUUAAAUUCAAAUAAUGCAAGAGCAUAUGACAUGGCUGUUUCAGCACUUGGAAAAAUAUGUGAGUUCCAUCAUGACAGAAUCAAUGCAGCUCAGGUUUUUUCUGUCUGGUUAAGCUACUUGCCGCUUAGAAAUGACUCUGUGGAGGCCAAACUUGUCCAUGAACAGCUUUGCUCAAUGCUUGAAAAGUUAGACAAUGAACUUUUGGGCCCAGACAAUAUAAAUCUUCCCAAAAUUCUGGACGUUAUUUCGGAGGUUUUGAAUGACAGUGACAAAUUAUUAACAGUGGAAACUGCCAAGCGAAUGGUUGCUCUGUUUGAGAGAUACAAGCAGCUAUAA